UACGAGCGCUCCUGGAACGCCUGGCUCAUCUCGUCGCAAUCUUGAUCACGCAGCAUUGGCUGCGAAGCCCACGUUACCAUGCCAUGGGGAUAAUUUCCAUCCUAUAAUCCAAUCAGAAAAUGCUUUGGGGUCAUCCCUGCACUCCCUCUCAUAGGGGUGUCGUACGCUUUUAUUCGCAGAAAUUGCGCUCGCCACGCAUCGUCCGCUCACAGCAUUCAUCAUUGCUAGCAAGGUAUCUUGCUACGCAGCCCUCAGUGCACAAUGCUGAUGAAAACCCUCAACGGGAGUCUCUCGCGGUUCCCGCUUCGGCUAGGUUCAACGAGAUCGGAGUCCAACAAUUGAGUGACCAUGUCUACUCCCAAGUGUUUCUUCAGAAAGCGAAUCCGCCAGAUCCGGGAUUAGUUGCGUUGUCGAAGGAACAUCUGUCGCGCCAUGACUUGCUAGGAAAAUCUCAAGAUGCCGCCGAGCCGAUCGCCUUUGAUAUGCCCGAACUUCAAGGGCAAUCGCUUGACGAACAUUUCUUCAAACUGGGAAUGGAUUCAUCGGAGCCGUACCUCGGAUAUGCGAAACAAUACACCGUGGUGAACUCUCCGGAGAAGCCGCGCAAAUGGAUUAAACGCAGUGGAUGGACGAAGUACAGCGCCGACGGCUCGUGGGAACCCGUUGACGCGCCAAAUGAGGCCAUGUUGACUUUCGACACCGAAGUCAUGUACAAGGAGCAUUCUUUUGCAGUCAUGGCUUGCGCGGUCAGUCCUACGGCUUGGUAUGCUUGGUUAUCGCCCUGGCUACUGGGAGAGUCGGAAAACGAAGUCCAGCUCAUCCCGCUUGGAGAUCCGACCCAGUCGCGAAUUGUCGUCGGCCACAAUAUCGGAUAUGAUCGGGCUCGUGUUCUCGAGGAAUAUGAUAUGGCGCAAUCUCGUAAUUUUUUCCUGGAUACCAUGUCACUUCACGUGGCAGUAAACGGCAUGUGUUCGCAGCAGAGGCCUACCUGGAUGCGACACAAGAAGAACCGGGACCUGAGGAACAAGAUCGCCAGUGAAAAUAAUUCGGUGGAGCUGGCAGCCCUGCUGGAAAGUAAAAUGCUCAGUGAUGAGGAGGAAGAACUGUGGGUGGGAAGGAGUUCUGUCAACUCCCUUCGCGACGUGGCCAAGUUCCAUUGCGAUGUUACGAUUGACAAGGCACAGCGCGACUACUUCGGUGAACUUGACCGAAAUGGAAUACUAGGGAAGCUGGAAGAGCUCCUCGACUACUGUGCAGCGGACGUGGCAAUUACUCACCGCGUGUACAAGAAAGUCUUUCCUAAUUUCCUGGAAGUCUGCCCGCAUCCGGUCAGCUUCGGCGCCCUUCGGCAUCUUUCCUCGGUAAUUCUGCCUGUAAAUGAGACGUGGAAAGAGUAUAUCACCAACGCAGAAGGGACCUACCAUCAACGCCUCGACGAUGUCCAACGAAAAUUGAUUGAACUUUGCGAGGAAGCCCUGAAAGCCAAAGACUCUCCGGAAAUCUAUACGAACGACCCUUGGCUACGACAGCUGGACUGGUCUGGCCAGGAGAUCAAGAUGGUGAAGGGGAAGAAGAAGGAUGACCCUCCACGACCAGCUGCCAGACAGAAAAAGCCGGGCAUGCCGAAGUGGUAUAAGGAUCUGUUCGCUACCAACACGGCCGAUAUCAAUUUGACGGUGCGCACUCGGAUUGCGCCGAUACUCCUGAAGCUGUCGUGGGAUGGUCACCCUUUGACAUGGUCCGACAAGUUUGGAUGGACGUUCAAAGUCCCGCGCGAGCUUGUCAAGAAUUAUGAAAACCAGCCAGUGGUCCUAUGCGACAUGUCCGAGGAGAAGAACCCUGAGCUUCAGAAUGACCGAAAGAAUGUGUUUUUCAAGCUUCCACACAAAGACGGGCCCCAAGCACGCUGCACAAAUCCUCUGGCGAAAGGGUAUAUGCAGUACUUUGAACGCGGAACUCUCUCUUCCCAGUAUGCCCUCGCUAAAGAGGCGCUCGAGAUGAAUGCGUCUUGUUCCUAUUGGAUCAGUGCGCGCGAUCGCAUUAUGGGUCAGAUGGUAGUGUACGAGGAUCAAGUGCGAGGGCCGAGCUCUAGUGAGAAGGCUGAUCAUCGACUCGGCUUCAUUCUUCCCCAGAUUAUCCCGAUGGGAACCAUUACUCGAAGGGCCGUGGAGAACACCUGGCUCACAGCCAGUAACGCAAAGGGGAAUCGUGUCGGGUCGGAAUUGAAGGCCAUGAUCAAAGCUCCACCCGGCCACGUGUUUGUCGGCGCAGACGUCGACUCCCAGGAGCUCUGGAUCGCCAGUCUCGUUGGAGACGCGCAGUUUCAGAUCCACGGUGGCAAUGCCAUCGGAUUCAUGACUCUGGAAGGAUCCAAGGCCGCAGGAACGGAUAUGCACUCCCGCACAGCCUCGAUUUUGGGCAUCUCCCGCAACGAUGCCAAGGUGUUUAACUAUGGGCGUAUCUACGGUGCCGGCGUCAAGUUUGCUGCUACUUUACUGCGUCAGUUCAAUCCGUCGAUGACGGAAAGGGAGACCCAGGAGGUUGCAACCAAACUGUAUAAGGAAACCAAGGGUACUCGUACGACUCGUCGUAUACUGAGUGAAGGGCCGUUUUGGAGAGGCGGGACAGAGUCUUUCGUGUUCAACAAACUUGAAGAGUUUGCGGAGCAAGAAAGACCCCGAACCCCGACCCUGGGUGCCGGCAUCACCGAGGCAUUGAUGCGACGCUUCAUCAACAAAGGCAGCUUCAUGACCUCGCGGAUCAACUGGGCCAUCCAGUCGUCCGGCGUGGACUACCUUCACCUGUUGAUUGUGGCCAUGGACUACCUGAUCCGACGCUUCAACAUCGCCGCUCGUCUGGCCAUCACCGUCCACGAUGAGAUUCGCUAUCUGGUCAAAGACGAGGACAAAUACCGAGCGGCUCUGGCUUUGCAGGUCGCUAAUGUGUGGACGCGCGCUAUGUUUUCGCAGCAAGUCGGAAUCAAUGACCUCCCUCAGUCCUGCGCCUAUUUUUCGGCCGUCGACAUCGACCACGUCCUACGCAAGGAGGUGGAUAUGGACUGUGUGACCCCGUCCCAUCCGCACAAGAUCCCUCACGGCGAGAGUCUCGAUAUUGCUCAGCUGCUGGACAAGAACGAAAAGGCGCGGCUCGAUCCGUCCAUCACGCCGUUGUCUCCGCCCAGCCCGCAGAAAUACCCAUACACGCCACGACCGUCCGUCAUGUCCUCGCUGCAGGGGUCAAACAAUCCGGCAUUCAUCCGGGCCCAGAUCUCCAAAGACGACGGCGAACUCCGCGACAUCAUCCGCGAGGUCACCAAAACGAGGUCUACCAUGGCAUCAUCAAACACGCGGACUCCGAGCAGUCGCGCCAAAACCACGGGCUCCGUGGCUGCCGGACCCCAAAAAGCCAUCUUGAUGGACAUUGGACCCAGCAGCCUUUACCCUGAUUUCAAGAACCUCGCCCCCGGGAGCCGGUCUCCCCAGGUGGGCUUCAACCGUCAAAACUGGAAACCGAGACCGACUGCGCGAGCCUAAUGUCACCUCCCACUAUUCAUUUCUCUUGUCUUGUAUAUAAACUUGCUUGCCGUGUUGGAAGUAAGCCAGCACGGCUUCUUCUCUAUUACUUCAUUUGUUGAAUCUCUUCGACGAGUUGUAUUAUCCCGAAAUCGUUGGUGAAAAAAGCAUUGGGACGGCGUCCGGGUACUGCAUUCUCGGUCAUGUCAUUAUCUAGGUAUGGAAAUAUGGUGGAUGUUCAUGAUGUUACCAACCAAUACCAUCAAUACAAUCAAUAAUGCAAAUACUAUGCCAAUUCGAUAGCCAAUACAUAGUAUGCAGUAGCCAUCAUUCACCUCUCUUCCUCCC